CUUCCAAAAAUGUCAGAACCUUCACAACUUAUGACAGAAAAUACACGUUCUGAUCUUUAUGUUGCACUCCCUGUUCUCAGUCAAGGAAAGAAAUGGGUCUUACUAUACAGUACAUGGAGGCAUGGCAUAUCUCUUUCAACCUUAUAUAGAAGAAGCAAUCUUUGCCCUGGGUUAAGUCUACUGGUUGUUGGAGAUCGUAAAGGUGCAGUGUUUGGUGGUUUAGUUGAGGCACCUUUGAAACCAUCAACAAAGAAAAGAUACCAGGGAUCGAAUGAUACAUUUGUGUUUACAAAUACACCAGGGCGUCCUGUUAUAUAUCGCCCCACAGCAACUGCAUUUUCUUGA